AUGCUGCGACUGCUGCUGGUGCACUUGCCUCUCGCCCUAGCGGUCGCGACGACCUGUCCGUAUGCCAACUCAACCGGCGAUACCUUGACAUCGGGCAAGUACUGCACGCCCGGCGUCUCGGUUUGCCGCGUCAAUGCGCUCUGCAGCGAAGUGUGGCGGUCGGUGAGUCCCGUCACGACCAAGAUCACGCGCCUCGCGAGCAUCGGCAACCUCUCGUCGUACGAGGCGACGAAACUGCUCGUGCAAAACUGUUCAAGUGGGUUUCGUCUUGAUCCAACCGCGUUUGCGCUGCCGCCGAGUCUGACAGUCUUCGGUCUCGAGAACUGUCCCAUGCAAGGUCCGAUGCCUUCGGUGAGCUGGCCGCUAAGCCUCACCGAGCUCAACGGCAGCUUGGUCACGAUUCCGAGAGGGCUCCCGCUCUCUCUGGAGGAAUUGUCUGUCGAGCGCAACCAGCUCCGCGUGCUCAAGGACGUGGAUCUCACACGGACACAAAAAGCGUACUUUGGCGGAAACCCACUCACCGUGCUAAGCCGCGUUCACUUCUCCAAGAGCCUUCAACUCUUCAAGUGCAACGGCUGCAACUUUGUGCUUUUUGUUGUCGACACCAAGUCGUUCGAGGCUCUGGACGCGUUGCCCGCAUUUGAUCCGGCAACGCAGCUCGGUCUCCUCGUCGAGAGCAUCAAUUCUGACGCAGCCUACUGCGUCAACACUAUCAAGGGCACGAUCCGCAUGCUGCACGCCAAGUACCCUGUCUGCGUGUCGGGUGCGUACAUCACAACUGAUCGGGGUGGAGAGCCGAAAUGCUAUUAG